CAAAGCUUUACCUGAAAAAAGCUGCCAGGGAGUUUAUGACAAGUUAUUACAACUGGCUAAUACGUUAACACAAACUGUUAACUAAACAAGUAAAUAGUGUAUAUAGAAGUAGUAAUCACUUAAAACUAUCGCCGAUGCAUCCUGAACCCCUCGAAUCCGGUGAGGUGGAAGAAGAAAGUGGUGAGGAGUCCAGUAUGACCCUGCAAGCUGGAGAUGUUGACAUCGCGUUCAGCAAUAUUUCUGCAACUUCCAGUAAACUAGAAGUCGACAAACUCAUACAAGCCCAACAACAAGAGGAAAAGGACUCGGGUCCAAGAAUGACAAAGACAUUUCUGAAGGACCACUGCAAGCAAAAUAAACUCUACAUGACACCUCGAUUGAAUGACACACUGUAUUUGCACUUCAAAGGCUUCUCCACCAUGGAGGAGUACACAGGGCUGAAGUGUCUCUGGCUGGAGUGCAAUGGACUGCAGCGCAUCCAGAACCUGCAGGCCCAAACGGACCUACGCUGCCUCUUCCUCCACCAGAACCUCAUACACAAUCUGGAGAACUUAGAACCACUCAGCAAGCUCUGCACCCUCAAUGUCUGCAACAACUACAUACGCACCAUCGAAAACAUUGCGCGUGCUGAACCUGAUGGGAAAUGAAGUGAUAAAGAAAAUCCCAUACUACAGGAAGACUAUGAUCAUACAUCUCAAACAGCUCACAUACCUGGAUGACCGACCUGUGUUCCCAAAGGACGGGUGCAUUACCAAUUUCGAACAUUUAUUUGAUGAAAAAGAUAUGUUGUAUGUUUCUGGACGGUGCACCAUGAGAGUGGGACAGUGUGGACCACAGAGACCACAUCUACUUCAGGUCCAUGCUCAUCUUCACUGUUCAGGGUCUGUGACAACACGUCAAACAAAUCGCCCACCAAUCACCUAGUAGCAUUGGACCCAGAGGCGGGGGAUGCCCCAGUGCUGGUGAUAUCAGAACCUCAGGGAGAACACAGACAGAGGCAGAGCCCUGAAGCCAGCAAACCAGGUUGUCUCAUUGAGGAGCUGGACUAACCUUGCAGAAG